ACCAGCUUCAGGGUCCAGCUUUGUAGAUUAAUUGCAUUCAACUUGCCUCGCUGCGUUCACACCCAGCACUUCUGUGCAUCCCAUCAAAUAUCCCAGCAUCGACCACUUGCACCCCAUCUCACAGCUCCAAGCAUUAAACCCCAUAAAGACUUCACCAUGGCAUCCGCCCCCACCCCCCUCCGCACAGCCCUCAUCGGCCUCUCCUCCAGCGCAACCACUUCCUGGGCCUCAGCCGCCCACCUCCCGGGCCUCCUCUCUCCGACAGGCCGCUCUAAGCUCCCCAUCACUGCGCUCCUCAACAGCAGCGUCAGCGCCGCCCAAUCUGCCAUUCAAGUCUACAAGCUCGCCCCAGACACGAAAGCCUACGGCUCUCCCGAGGACCUCGCCAACGACCCGGACGUCGACCUCGUGAUCUGCAACACGCGGGUGGACACGCACUUCGCGACGAUCCUCCCGAGCGUGCGGAAGGGGAAGGAUGUUUUUGUUGAGUGGCCGAUUGCGGCGGGGCCGAAGGAAGUGGAGACGUUGGUGAGGGAGGCGCGGGAGAGUGGGAGUAGGGUUGCGGUGGGGCUGCAGCGACGAUGGGCGCCGCCGGCGGUGAAGCUGAGGGAAGUUAUUAGGGAUGGGUUGGGAGGGAAGACGUUAGGGAAGAUAUUGAGCGUGGACGUGAGGGCCUUUGGGGGGACGAUUGACAGAGAUGUUGUGCCGGAAGGGUUGGCGUAUUUUCUCGACCGGAAAGUGGGCGGGAAUGUGGUUGUGAUUGGGAAUGGACAUUUGCUCGACACCGUGCUCUCUGUGGUGGGCGACCUGGAAUCAAGCUCAGUCCACUCACAGCUCCAGCUCCAGCGCCCCAAUGUUCGCGUGCGCGACCCUUCCACCAACAAGAUCAUCAAAACGAUCCGAUCGGACGUCCCAGACUUGAUAUCUCUGCACGGCACAUUGCAGUCCUCCUCAGCAACCUUCUCGUACCUCUUCCGCCGCGGCCAGCCCUUCCCCGGCACACCUGCUCUAACCUGGACCAUCAACCUCGAGUACGGCGAAAUCCGCCUUGUGUCACCCUCAGGCCUCAGCCUGGAGCUGGGAGAGCCUGCCACCAUCCACGUGCACUGGUUCGACAGCAAUGAAGUGGAGGAGGUCAAGUGGGAGUGGGAUGCAGAACAAGCUACGUUGCCGCCUUCAGCGAGGAACGUGAUUUCUACGCUCGUUGCGUUUGCUGAUCGCAAGGCGCCUGGAGAUGGGUGGGUAAGCCUCGAGGACGCGGCGAAUCGGGCGAGGCUGAUUGAAGGGUUUUUGGCUGAGUGGGAGAAGAGCCAGAAGUGAUAGGUUUCAGACAGCUUUGUGGAGGGUGAUAUUCAGGAUGCUCAAUUCCCAUUGGCAUCAGUCUUUCAAAGCUGAAAUAAUACUCGAUUGGCUACCUGCAUCUUCCCAUAACCAUCUCUGUAUCUUACCUCCCCCACCUUCCUUCUCUUCACAAGACACAUAGACAUCCUUGUGCAUAUAUAAUCCUCGACACACCCAAUCGUUCAUGGAACACAGGGCGCGGGGUCUAGUGGUAAGACGCUCUGAACAACGCUGUCCCCGUC